AAUCUCUUAAAGUGCUUAAUCAAACAUAUAUACUGCAAAAAUGUCUAUCGCGUUGCUCAAAAAGUACCUGCCGAUAUCUCUGGCACUACUCCUCUUCUACGGCUGCGCCUCACGAUUUAGCCACGGCGCAACGUCGACCGCAUCCUUCUAUCAAUAUCAAAAUGACCGAAGUCCUGAUGAUGGAUCAACUCUGUCCCGCGUUAUCCCUGUUUUCGACUUUAUCGUUGGAAUUGCCAUUCUGCAGCAAGAACUGUCACGCAAAGUUACAACAUGCUUUGUAGCGUCAACUAUCAGCAGUGUAGCUGUUCAGCGUUACUUGGCUGGUUUGGACUGUCAGGGAGACUUUCUGCAGGGGAUUUGGGCAACUUCUGCAGCGAUUGCGACUCUGAUAUGAAAUUUGUGCCAUAUCAGCUCUCUGGGGCUCUUCGUCCAUUCGAGAUCAAGUUACAUCGG